CAGCAUCCCUACCACCUGCAACCUUACCCGGCUUUAGUUCUUUGCUUCCCAUCCGACCUCAUCAACUUGCCUAUCGACGGCAUCAGAUUAAAUUGAUUUGAUGGGUGGACAGUGAUGGAGUUUGUGACGGCCCUCCGGGGCAGCUUCGACGAUGGCAAGCCGUCGCUGUUUGAGCUUCUGUCGGAGCAGCAGCUGGUGGGGCUGCUCCCGCCGACGCUGCGCUACCUGUUGACGGUGGCCACGCAGCGCUACCCGCGCCAUCUGCUGCGCGUGCUCAACAGCUUCGACGAGCUCUACGCCCUCGCCGCCCUCGUGGUCGAGCGCCACUACCUGCGCACGCGCGCCGGGUCCUUCACCGAGAACUUCUACGGACUCAAGCGCGAGAAGGCCCUGGCCGCCGACAUCCCGCGCGCCGCCCACUCCGCCCCCGCCGUCGUGCGCGACGCCCUGCGCCUGACCACGGCCGACGUCUGGCGCAACCUCGCCGUCAUGGUCGCCCUCCCCUACCUCAAGCGCAAGCUCGACGAGUCGUACGAGGUCGACGCCCCCCGCGCCCUGCUCGGCCAAGCCUACUCGCGCCUGCCCCCCGGCGCCCGCUGGAGGGACCGCCUGCUGCACUUCUACCGCUGGUUCCUGCGCAACGUCUACCCCAGCGUCAACGCCGCCUACUACUUUGCCCUGCUGGCCUUCAACCUGGCCUACCUCUUCGACAAUGCCCGCACCCACAACCCCUUCCUCUGGCUGAUCGGCACCCGCGUGCGCCGCAUGAACGCCGCCGACUACCGCGCUGUCGAGGAAGCCUUGACCAAGACGACGUCUGCCGCUGCCGCCGCCGCGAGCCCUGCCGCCGCCGGCACCUCGGCCAUGCUGCUGUCGUCGCCCCGCGCCGUGGGCGCCCGCUUGCUGGGCGGCCUGUCGCUGGUGCUGCCCACGAGCAUCUUUGCCCUCAAGUUCCUCGAGUGGUGGUACGCGUCCGAGUUUGCCAAGCAGCUGUCGCGCAAGGCCGGCGAGAGCCUCAACCUGCCCCCACCGGUUGUGACGGGGCUGCCCGACGACGGGAGCGGCCCGGCGAAAAGGGCCAUCUCAAAGACAGCAGAAGAGGAAGACAAAGACGACGACGACGACGACAGCGACCUGUCCCCAGAGACGGCGUACAUCGCGGCGUCGUCGCUACUGCCCAUCUUCACCGUGCGCGCCCCCGUGCGCUCCGACACGUGCCCCAUCUGCGAGGACGCCAUGGCGACCCCCACGGCCUGCCAGACGGGCGUCGUCUACUGCUACCGCUGCAUCCACCGCUGGCUGACGGGCGACCACCCGCGCCAGGAGCGCUUCAUGGCCGACAAGGAGGGCCACUGGGAGAGCGGCGCCGGGCGGUGCGCCGUCACGGGCCGCCGCGUGCUCGGCGGCACCGAGUCGCUGAGGCGCAUUAUGGUGUGAAGCCUAGUUUAGAUCGUAGAGAGUGUGCGUUGCGUGUUGUAAGCUCUGUGUGUGUGUGUGUGUGUUUUUAUGGUGUAUAUAGCAUAGGGCGGUACAGGCCGGCUGGUUGAGCAAGGUGCCUGUAGUUGCGAGUUGGCGAGCGCAUAGCGAAGGGGUGGCGUUUUCGGAUCAGGGCUGGCCAAAAAAAAUUGCUUUAUUGGAUGCGAGGAAAGAAAGGUGCUAUACUGUACAUAGAAUCUACGUCAACGAAACACGUGCUUUGUAUGUAUAAUUGUAUACUAGUUGCCCUGAAUGAAGCUAGCAGUGUGUUGGCGACACUGUUUAUACACAGACAAGUGCAGCU